UUUUUCCGGUUGGCGGUCCGCUUCCGGUGUCGCUAAAAUGUCGGCCGCCAUCGCUGCGCUCGCUUCAUAUGGUGGCUCCGACUCGGACUCUGACUCCGGCUCCGACGCUGAGGGUAGGCCCAACCCUCCGACGCGGGUUGCCGGCGGGGAUGCGGUGCUGCACCUGGCCUCCUCGGCCUCUCAGGCGCUUCUGCCCGCGGUGGACUCGGCCCCGGCCGUGGCAGUGAAGGAAGAUGUGGAAACAGGACUUCACCUUGAUCCUGCUACCAAGGAAGUACAGUAUAACCCAUCUUAUGAUACUAUGUUUGCUCCAGAGUUUGGGCCAGUGAAUCCAUUUAGGACUCAGCAGAUGGCUGCCCCUAGGAAUAUGCUUUCUGGAUACACAGAACCAGCACACAUCAAUGAUUUCAUGUUUGAACAACAGAGAAGGACAUUUGCAACUUAUGGAUAUGCUUUGGAUCCCUCAAUAGAUAAUUAUGAAGUUUCCACUAAAUAUAUUGGAUCUAUUGAGGAAGCUGAAAAAAAUCAAGGUUUGACAGUGUUUGAAACAGGACAAAAGAAAAUGGAGAAAAGGAAGAAAUUCAAAGAGAACGAUGCCUCUAAUAUUGAUGGUUUCUUGGGACCAUGGGCAAAAUAUGUUGAUGAAAAGGAUGUUGCAAAGCCCUCAGAAGAAGAACAAAGAGAAUUGGAUGAAAUAACAGCAAAGAGGCAAAAGAAAGGCAAACAUGAAGAUGAUAAGCCUGGAGAAGAAAAGACUAUUUUGCAUGUCAAAGAGAUGUAUGACUAUCAAGGAAGGUCCUAUCUUCAUGUUCCCCAGGAUGUUGGAGUUAACCUCCGUUCAACAGUACCCCCUGAAAAGUGUUACCUUCCUAAAAAGCAAAUCCAUGUAUGGUCUGGUCAUACCAAGGGAGUCAGUGCUGUCAGGCUAUUUCCUCUUUCUGGCCACCUAUUGUUGUCCUGCUCCAUGGACUGUAAAAUUAAGCUCUGGGAGGUGUAUGGUGAACGAAGAUGCUUACGAACUUUCAUUGGACACAGCAAAGCUGUGAGAGAUAUCUGUUUUAACAAUGCUGGGAACCAGUUUCUCAGUGCUGCGUAUGACCGGUAUCUUAAACUCUGGGACACUGAAACAGGUCAGUGUAUUUCAAGAUUCACUAACAGAAAAGUCCCUUACUGUGUCAAAUUCAAUCCUGAUGAAGAUAAGCAGAAUCUUUUUGUAGCAGGGAUGUCUGAUAAGAAAAUUGUACAGUGGGAUGUUCGAAGUGGUGAAAUCGUUCAGGAGUAUGACAGGCACUUGGGUGCUGUCAACACUAUUGUAUUUGUGGAUGAGAACAGGCGGUUUGUGAGCACAUCAGAUGACAAGAGUUUGAGAGUCUGGGAAUGGGACAUUCCAGUAGAUUUCAAAUACAUAGCAGAGCCAAGUAUGCACUCGAUGCCUGCAGUGACUUUGUCCCCAAAUGGAAAGUGGUUGGCUUGUCAGUCCAUGGAUAAUCAGAUUUUGAUUUUUGGAGCACAAAACAGAUUCAGGUUGAAUAAAAAGAAAAUCUUCAAAGGUCAUAUGGUGGCUGGUUAUGCUUGUCAAGUAGAUUUUUCACCUGACAUGAGUUACGUGAUAUCUGGUGAUGCAGAUGGAAAGCUGAACAUCUGGGACUGGAAAACUACUAAGUUGUAUAGUAGAUUGAAAGCCCAUGACAAAGUCUGUAUAGGUGCAGUAUGGCACCCACAUGAAACAUCCAAGGUGAUCACAUGUGGAUGGGAUGGUCUCAUUAAACUCUGGGACUGAAGGCCUUGUGAUAGGAGUCUCAAUCUACAAUCAGUUGGUGAAUAUCAAAGAUUUCAGAGCACCUACUUUCCAGCAAAGAUGGCCCAAAACCAGGACAUUAACAUGGUUGUUCCAAGUUCUUCAGUGUUGCAAUCUAUCCAUGCUCUACUGGAAAUUCACAAUACUUCAUUUCACAGCCUAAAGUUGAAGCUCUUCGAUUAUCUUGUUACUUAUUUUCAAUGUCACAUACAUUAAGUGGGAGAGCUUGAUAUAGUUUGUGUUUAUGAAACUGGACCAGAGACCUCACAGGCUUCACUUUGCUCUGUAAAUACUGAAGUUGAAGGAGGGAAAAUGUAAAUAGAAGGAAGUGUAACAUAAUGAUGUACCAAUUAUAGAAACUAUUUGGGAGCAUUUGCCAGUCUCUAAGUACAAUAGAAUAUUGAUGAGAUUGUGUGGUGUAUAUACUACAGAAAUUGCUACUCAAAAUUGGUUCUUUUGUAAUUCACAGAAACUCUUACUCCUCCUGAAAAACCAAACAAUAGAUAAGACGUUUUGUGCACAAUAAUGAUACACAACUCCAAUUUCGUUUUCAUUAUUGAAACCAUUAUGCCCCACCAGAUCCUUGGGUCUUGCUUAAAGGUAUGGAAUGGACCCUGGCGGUCAGUAGAUGCAGAGAACGCCCAUCCCAUGUUGGAAGUGGAGCAAGAAUGCAGUUCAAGCCAUAGAUUUCAUGAGUCACCCAUUUAGUGGAAGUGAUAGGUAUAACUAAUGUAUUCACAGAUGCAUGGCAUUGGAGGGUACAUGUUCAGAAACCUCAUUUUUAUUAUGACUGCUUUUUGUAUUGUGAAAAAUUGGGCUCCCAUUCUUACUCAAGAAAAUGUGUAAAUAACAUGAUAUCUAGACAUCAUUAACCCUUAAGUACCCCAAUUGUGUGUCGGCGUCAAUUCCAUUCACCAGUGGGUCUUGUACCAAGACAGAAAUGAUGAAUGACUCUUUGAGAUGCAUUCAUGAACAAACCGCAGCUUCAUUAUCACUUUACCACCCAAAUCUUGUAAAGGGGCACUUUAAUAUAUAUUUUUAUUUUGUAGAAUUGUCAAAAGUUUUGUGCUGGACUACUGUACAUAUGUCUCAAUUCUUCUUUCUACAGAACCUAUUUUUAAUAAAUGUUUUAUAUGGAAAGACA